AUUGGGAGUGGAGAGAGCAGGAGGAGGAGGAGGAGGAGGGACAGACAAAGACAGUCCUGCCCGAGAAAAAGAAGAAAACAGCGCAGACACUUAACGAUGGAGGUUUAUAAACCUGGAAUCUGAGAGCGGAGCGGAGAAAACAAACCAACCCGACGUUCCAGUGGAGAAGAGGAAGAGAGGGCAGGAAAAGUGAACAAAAGGAAAACCGGGGGGGGAGGAGGCUGAUCCUCCAGCGUGACCCGAGGUCGACAUCCGAGGCCGAAAAGACGUGAAAAUCAGCAGCAGGAUGUCGGCGUCCCGGAAGUGUUUGUGCUGUGUCAAGUAUUUGAUGUUUGUCUUCAACCUCAUCUUCUGGCUCGGAGGAUGCGGCCUGUUCGGCGUCGGGGUCUGGCUGUCCUUCACGCAGGCAGAGUUCUCCUCUCUUCCCCUCUCCUUCCCGUCGCUCUCCGCCGCCAAUCUGCUGCUGGUGGCCGGCGGCAUCACCAUGGUGACGGGCUUCCUGGGCUGCCUCGGGGCUCUGAAGGAGCAGCGCUGCCUCCUGUUCAUGUUCUUUGUCAUCCUGCUGCUUCUGGUUCUGACAGAGGUGACUCUCGUGGUGGUCAUUCACAUCUUCCACGAUAAGCUGGACUCGAAAGCUCAGGACGACUUAAAAGAAGGGAUGAAGAUUUAUAACUCAGAGCCUGGACUGAAGCAAUCCUGGGACAACGUUCAGAAGAUGUUCAAGUGCUGUGGCGUGACCAAUAAGACGGACUGGUUCGACGUGCUGAACGGGACGCUGCCGGCGUCCUGCUGCUCGGGGGGGGGCGAUCAGUGCGUGGACGGGUGGAGCGAGCCGUGUUACCAGAAGGCCCGGCAGUGGCUGCUGGACAACAUCCCGUCCGUGCUGGUGUUCGGCGUCUGCAUCGGAGUCGUGCAGAUCCUGGCCCUGGUCUUCUCCAUGCUGAUGUACUGUCAGAUCCUCUGUGCUGAGAAACGUGUGGACUGACCAGGACUUCACGCCGAACCCCCCUCAGUCCAGACCAGAGCCCCCCCCCCCCCCUCCCCGUCCGUCCAGACUGACCCCCCUGGUCUGACUGCAGGCUCUGUCCUCCAGUGUCGGUUGAUGAAUUCUUGGAAGUAUCCUGUGGAACCAGCAGUCGGAGCUGAUGAGGAGCAAGAAGGCGGAGCUCUGAGUGGAAUUAAAAACAUACAUAUGAAGUUUUCUGAUGUAACAUUUUGUUCAUUUUGUACAUUUUUCAUUUCUUUUCUGAGUUCUGUGCUGAUUUCUCAUUUGUUGAUUUCCAUGAUUUGUUUUGAUCUCAUGAGUUCAUGUUCAGUUGUACCCGCUGCACGUCGCCCAGUUAGCACAUUAAAUCACAUUUGAAUCAUUUCAGCUGAAUUUAUAAAGUAUUCCGAUGGUUUUUCAUGUUACGACACAGCGAAUGGUUGAAAUGCGACAAAAACAAAAUUAUAUCUCAACACCGAGCUAUCACGCCUUAUUGUACAACUUCAUCGCACUGAAUGUCAAAUAAAAGAUUUCUCUUUGUUUGCUAAAGGCCAAA